CACCCUGGGACCCGGGGGCUGCGAUGAGCCCCUGCGGGCGGGCCCGGCGACACACGUCCAGAGGGGCCAUGGCCGUCCUGGCGUGGAAGUUCCCGCGGACCCGGCUGCCCGUGGGAGCCAGUGCCCUCUGCGUCGUGGUCCUCUGUUGGCUCUACAUCUUCCCCGUCUACCGACUGCCCAACGAGAAGGAGAUUGUGCAGGGGGUGCUGCAACAGGGCGCGGCGUGGAGGAGGAACCAGACGGCGGCCAGAGUCUUCAGGAAACAGAUGGAAGACUGCUGUGACCCCGCCCAUCUCUUUGCUAUGACUAAAAUGAAUUCCCCCAUGGGGAAGAGCAUGUGGUACGAUGGGGAGUUUUUAUACUCAUUCACUAUUGACAAUUCAACUUAUUCUCUCUUCCCCCAGGCAACCCCAUUCCAGCUGCCCUUGAAGAAAUGCGCGGUGGUGGGAAAUGGUGGGAUUCUGAAGAAGAGUGACUGUGGCCGUCAAAUAGAUGAAGCAAAUUUUGUCAUGCGAUGCAAUCUUCCUCCUUUGUCAAGUGAAUACACUAAGGAUGUUGGAUCCAAAAGUCAUUUAGUGACGGCUAACCCCAGCAUAAUUCGGCAAAGGUUUCAGAACCUGCUGUGGUCCAGAAAGACGUUUGUGGACCACAUGAAAGUGUAUAACCACAGUUACAUCUACAUGCCUGCCUUUUCUAUGAAGACGGGAACAGAGCCAUCCCUCCGGGUUUAUUACACACUGUCAGAUGUUGGUGCCAAUCAAACAGUGCUCUUUGCCAACCCCAACUUUCUGCGUAGCAUUGGGAAGUUCUGGAAAAGUAGGGGAAUUCAUGCCAAGCGCCUGUCCACAGGACUCUUCCUGGUGAGCGCGGCCCUGGGCCUCUGUGAAGAGGUGGCCAUCUACGGCUUCUGGCCCUUCUCUGUGAAUAUGCAUGAACAACCCAUCAGCCACCACUACUAUGAUAAUGUCCUGCCCUUUUCUGGCUUCCAUGCCAUGCCGGAGGAAUUUCUCCAACUCUGGUAUCUUCAUAAAAUUGGUGCACUGAGAAUGCAGUUAGACCCAUGUGAGGACACCUCACUCCCACUCACUUCCUAGGGACUGUGGAAAAAGAAAGGACUGAGCCAGGGUAUUUUUGUUAGGUUUUCUACGUGAUUCCAAAAGGGAAUGGUCAGGUCGUUUCAUGGAUUUGCGUGGGCCACUUGGAAAAAAUGACAACAAAAACUCAAGGAGAACUCUACUUUUACUGUUGGCUGGAAGGACAAAAAAGAAGUGAAAUGUCCUAUGAAAUCUUUUAUAGCACAUGGUGGAUGUGCAACUAGUAACAUGCUGAUGAAAUGAUGUUGGUAAACCACAUUUUCAUGGUUCAAAUAGCGAUGGCACAGUUCACAAACAAGACAAAACUCUAGUUGUUGAAGCUGAGGAAUUAAGGUAUAGUAAAUGAAAUGCCAGGGUAAAAGUGUUAGUGAUUAUCAACAUGAACUGGCUUAAUUAAAAAAAAAAAACUAUCUUAUU